AUGAUAACGCCUGUUGCGCUGUCUAGUAUUGGCUGGAAAUACUACAUUGUCUUUGCUGUUCUAUUUGCCAGUGUCCCCUUGGUUGUUAUUCCCUUCUUUCCAGAGACAAUGAACCGCAACCUAGAACUGAUCGACUUCGUCUUCAGAGAAGCUGCAACAAUCUGGGAUAUCGUUCCGAUGGCUCGGUCUCUCCCUAAGGGUGAUUCUCGAACAGAGGUUUAA